AUGUCCUCCGUCGCCCAGAAACGUCUCUUCCACGAAUACAAAAACCUCUCCACCAACCCCCCGGAGGGCAUCACCGCCGGCCCCGUCACCGAAGAUGACAUGUUCCACUGGGAAGCACUGAUCCAGGGACCCGAAGGUACGCCCUUUGAGGGCGGCGUUUUCGCGGCCGAGUUGAAGUUUCCCAAAGAUUAUCCGCUUAGUCCGCCGACUAUGAAGUUUGUGGGUGGUGGGGUUUGGCAUCCUAAUGUAUACCCCAACGGAACCGUGUGCAUCUCCAUCCUCCAUCCCCCCGGUGACGACCCCAACCAUUACGAACAUGCUUCGGAGCGGUGGUCGCCUAUUCAGAGCGUGGAGAAGAUUCUCAUCUCCGUUAUGAGUAUGUUGGCGGAGCCGAAUGAUGAGUCUCCGGCGAAUGUGGAGGCCGCGAAGAUGUGGAGGGAGCGGAGGGGGGAGUAUGAAAGGAAGGUGAGGGAUGAGGUUAGGAAGGGAUUGGGGUUGUGAAGAAACCCCCCUUCUUGGGUUAAUGUGUGUUGAGUGGUGAUGGGUAGGGUACGGGGUUUCGCUCGUAAAUAAGUCACUGGUUGGUGGGCUGGUUGCUCGCUGUCUUGUCUAUACUCUGUGUCGUGGAGGAAAUUGUGGCAUAGCUUGGAAGCUGGAUGAUUGGAUGGAUGGACGGAUGCAUUGGUUGCUUGGGUUGGCGUUGUGGUAUGUUCACUUUCUUUUAUCCUUUUAUUCUUAUAUUUCUUUGCUGGGGUAGAUGCAUGGUCGGGAAUGCAUAGAUGCUUUGUUUAGUAUAUAUCGUCUUUUCGUUUUUAUAAUGGCAUAAGUCAUGGAUACAUUAUACCUA